AGUUAUUCGAAAAUAAAUAUUUUGUUACUCAAAAUUAAAUUUAUUUUACAAUGUACAUGCACCAGGUGCGAACUCAUUUUUGUAUCUCCCUCAAAGCUACAGGGGUCUGGUACGGGACGACUGAUAAUGGACGAAAUGAGCAAAGGCAGCGAUGGUUGGACGGCGGCCAUCUCGAAUAUAUCGGAGAUAGCGGUUGAUCUCGACUCCCUCCAGAAAUUGAUCGUCAAGAAAGCUGUUUAUGUCAACGAAGACACCUACGCAAAAGCCCAUCUCACCUCCGAACAAGCCCGAACUAUCAAGGUUCUUGAGCAGAGGGUAGAUACUUUAGAACGUGAACUAGAUUCCGCCAUUUCAGCCGCCGCACAUGCAAGGACAGAGAAACGGCAGGCUGAGGUAGCACAGAAGGCUGCGGAACUACGGGCACAAGAGAUCACGAAAGAGCUUGAAAACACCACAAACGUUUUCAAGCUGCACAUGGAAGAGUUACGAGCAAAGCAAGAGGAGAUUGCAAAGCGUGAUAAAGAUAUCAAACUCCUCGAAGCUAUAAUUCAGACGCUCGGGGGCAAAGACUCACUACCUACCCGUGACUAAACCAAUGUAUCUUCUCACUAUGUAAAUUGCAAAUAAUAACGUAUGCGAAAAUAUAUUGUAUGUAGUAUUCAUUUCUUUACACACUCACAUUUGAUAGGAUUGACCGAGAUCCAAAUUUGAAUCGAUCUAAUUCAAAAUCAAUUUUUUUAAUUUGG